GGCAGCAUUUCUAUAGCAAAAACCGAUAGUUUCUGUAUAGUCGACAGACGCACGGAGAUCUUUGUGUGAUCACAGAGAUGGGAGGAAAUACCCAAUCCAAGAAAGGAACGAUACAAAGACCAACAAAGCGGCCCUUGCCAAACUUGGCCGGGCAAUUUUCGGAACUCCAACCGUUUUUACUCGACGAUGUAAGCCACGAUAUGACCGAAUUGGGAUCAGGUUCUUAUGCAGUUGUAAAGAAGAUAACUCGCAGGGGAGAAACGUACGCUGCAAAACAGCUACAUGCAUCCCUUUUUCAGUUCGCCUCUCCUGAAGAGAAAAAUUUUUUGCUGUCGCAGUUCGCCAGAGAGUGUAGACUGCUGCAGAGAGCAGCACAUCCGAAUGUCGUCAAAUUUGUUGGCUUGCACCUGGACCAGACGCUGCCCCUCCCCUAUCUUGUUAUGGAGUAUAUGCAAGCAACAUUAUCAGGUCAUCUCGACAAGAAUGGUAGCCCGGACUCGCCUACUGCCCUACGAAUACUCUCUGAUGUAGCCCUCGGUCUCCAGUUUCUCCACAAGCACAUUCCUGCCAUCAUUCACAGAGACCUCUCCGCAAAUAAUGUCCUUUUGAGCUCAAAUUUACUGGCUAAAAUAUCUGACCUGGGCAUGGCAAAGAUAAUUGACCAAGGAGGGCAAAAGUCUAAAAUGACACAAACCAAAGCACCAGGAACUCCGUCCUACAUGCCCCCCGAGGCUCUCCGAGAUAAGCCGCAUUACGACACAAGCAUUGACACCUUUUCGUUUGGUGUCCUAAUGGUUCAUGUCCUAAGUGGACAGUGGCCAUUGCCUGUUCAUGGCAACAAGGUGGACCCCAAUAAUCCCAACCAGCUGAUAGCUCUAACUGAAUUUCAGUGUCGCAUGAAGUACAUAAAGGACGCUGGGCUAGAUCACCCUCUAAUGCCACUCAUUGAGGAUUGCCUCCACAACAACCCAAUGAACCGACCCAAUGCUCCUGACAUUGCAGAAACAGUCAUGGCAGUCAUGGCGGAUGAAAUAAUGCCCAAAAUCUAUGUGGCCAUCAAGAAUUAUGAAUCUAAAACAUCCUACGAACUGAGUUCACAAGUUGGAGAGAGAUUUCUGGUGUAUGGAGAUGCACUCAGUGGAGGGUCUUUGGUAAAGGUUGCCUCAAGAAGUAGUCGUCAGGUUGGCUACAUACCAAAGGGAACCAUACACAAACUUGAAAAUUUAUACAUGUCUACGAAAAUCUAUAUAGCUCAGAGAAAAGAAGAGGUGAGCAUAUCCAGCAAAGAGUUUAUGUUUGUUCUCGAUCGUGAAGGAAGCUGGUUGUACGUGGAGGUACUCUCCAGUGGAAAGAAGGGCUUGGUUCCUAACAAACACAUUGUUAAAUUUAAACCCAUGGAUGAAACAGAUUGGUAUUAUCCACAUAUCACAAAUGAGGAAGCAAGUGAACUGCUUUUGAAGCCUCUCAACGAGGAGGGAGUUUUUUUAGUUUGGGUAGAUGAAGAUACGGACGACAAGGUACUCUUUGUAAAGCACAAAAGCUCCUUUGUAGAGUACAAAAUAAUAGCAACAUCAAAGGGAAGUUAUUCAGUUGAAACCAAGGAUGAAGAUAUUCUGUAUCUGUCAAUCUUUAACUCCAUGGAGGAACUGCUUCUAUUCUAUUCUAGUAAGAAGGAAGAUGUAUUAUGUACUAAGCUUGAGAAACCAUGUGUCUAUACCUCAGAGUGGGAGAUAAAGGUAGAUGAAAUAGCAUUAGUCACCUUGGUAAAGUCUAGCGGUCAAACUGAGGUGUGGAGAGGUUUUUGCGGGAAGCAUCCAAUCCAGUGUAAGAAAUUAAAAUCAGUUAAUCAGCAAAAAGAGAUUGAGGAGGUUGAAAUUCUCAAACGGCUUGAUCAGCAAAAUAUUGCUAAAUUUCAUGGAAUAGUAGUUGAGAAAGUGUCGAUAUCAAUAAUUACGGAGGGUUUGGAGUGGAGUACACUCAAAGAGCAUUAUACCGAAAGAGCUAUUACAAGUUUGCCAAUCAACAUGUGCAUAUCAGUAUUCAGGCAAGUUUUAAAUGGGCUUGCGCAUUUGCAAGAAAGAAGAGUAGUUCACCUCAGCUUUGGUGCUAGAAAUAUCCUAUUUUCCGAGAUGCCUAGUUUGCAUUGUAAAAUUACUAAUUUCAGUCAGGCCAAAAGAAUAGAUGUCAACGACAAAGUAUCACAAAUUGAGGAGGUGGAAAUGAGAUGGUUACCACCAGAAGCAUUCGAAGGUAAGUACCUUCACAAAAAUUGUGACGUAUGGAGCUUUGGUGUUUUCAUCAAUGAACUUUUUACAGCAUGUGACCUGCCGUACAGUGGUAUGAGUAAUAGUCAGGUGGCUGCUCGGGUCAAAGGAGGCUAUCAAAUUCCACGACCCAACAGCUGUCCGGAACAAAUUUUUGCAGUUGCAAGAGAAUGCAUGAGUAUCACUCCUGACAAGAGGCCAAGCUUUGAGAGCCUGCAGCCUAGAAUGAGACAACUAACAGUCACACUCACAGUGGAUGGGAGACCCAUACCUGCCCCAAGGAGAAACCUGCAACAGAGUGGCAAACCAGUCCCAAAACCUAGGAAAAGGAUACCAGUGCCGGCCAAUCAAGAGAAAGUGCAAACCAAUUACGAGAAUAGAGAAAUCUCUCCUAAAAGUACCUGCAGUAAGGAUGAACCUGUAGCUCAAGGUAACAAUGUUUCACUUCUCCCAGAAACACCCAAAAUAUCGUCACUGGUACCAUUGAUACCUACGAACUUACCAUCUCCCCCAAGGAAGUCGCUCAACAGUGAAUAUCAGAUCAAAAGGAAAGAACUGAAACUGGUUUCAAAGGUAAGAAAACAUCUCGAAGAUGAAGUAUGGGAAGGUGUGUGGAAGGGAAACACGCCGGUUUUAGUUACAGUACAAACAGCAGAGGUGCCUGAGCAAAUUGAAAUCUUAAAGAAACUAAAAAAUGAAAAUGUAGUGAAACUUGUAGGACUUUGCAUGCUGGAAGCACCAAUUUACCUUCUUACUGAGAUAAUGAAACCCGCAAGUCUACUAACCUUUCUGAGGGGUAAUAAAGGAGCCUUAGAAGAUGAAAUGCUUGUAAAAUUGGCAGUUGAUAUUGCAAAGGGAAUGGCGUAUUUGCACUCACACUUUGUUAUUCACCGAGAUUUGCGAGCUGAUACAAUUCUUCUAGAUGAAAACAAUACUUGCAAGAUUGCACACUUCAACUAUGUAAAAAAUGUGGACGAGGCCACUCACACAUACACUGCAGUGGGAAUUGAGAGGAUCGCUGUAAAAUGGGCAGCCCCUGAGGCAAUAAUGAACGGUGUUUUCAGUACAAGAUCUGAUGUCUGGUCUUUUGGCAUAAUACUCUACGAGAUUGUAACCUACGGAGCUAUGCCAUACCCUGGUAUGAAUAAUGCUGAUACGGUAAUGAAUAUUGCCGAAGGGUAUCGAAUGGAGCAACCUGACAGUACAUACUGUCCAGAUGAAGUGUACGAGAUCAUGUUGAAAUGCUGGGACCAAAAACCAGACUCCAGGCCAAGCUCCAUCAUACUGCCACAAACACUACGUGACCUGACACAAAAACAAGAUCUGGAUGAUUUCUUAGAUGACGAUUUUGAGGGCUACACAUAUGUUUUUGACGAUAUACAAGAAGUUGCAAAGGAUUGGAGUAUAGAACUCUCUGACCUUGCAUUUCUAGUGCAGGAAGGUCCCAUUUGGAAAGGUAAAUUUAAAAAUGACACGCUAGUUGCAAUCAAGUGCAUCGAUGUACAAUCAAUGGAUGGUGAAAUCAAACAGAGGGUUGAAGUUAUGAAAGAAUUGAAGCACGACAACAUUCUAGAGCUUUGUGGUGUGUGCACUACUGAAACAGCAGCAUACAUAGUUACUGAGUUUAUGGAGCAUGGAAAUCUACACAACUAUCUUCAGAUGAACUCUAACACUUUAACAACUGCCGAUCUGGUAAGCUUUUCUUGGCAGGUAUCGAAAGGAAUGGCAUACUUGGAAGAAAAGGGGAUAAUUCAUGGAAAUUUGUCGGCUGUGAAAGUGUUAAUUGGAGGAAAAGAACCAGAGGAAGUUAUAUGCAAAGUAUCAGGGAUGUUUGGGACAGAAGAAGAUAAAACUAAUACUGGAUUCAAAGUUCGAAUUCCUCCAAGAUGGAUGGCACCAGAAACAGCUGUUGAAAAUGUUUAUUUACUUGAGUCGGACGUUUGGGCUUUUGGGGUUGUUCUUUAUGAAAUCAUGACUUGUGGUAUAAAGCCUUUUUCUGAUUUGAGAGAUGAUGAAGUACUGGACCAAGUGAUAAGAGGCCACCGCAUGCCGCGCCCAACAGACUGCAAGGAUGACAUAUACAGCCUUAUGCUGGAGUGCUGGAAUGAAGAUCCCAGUAGAAGACCUUCAUUUGAAACUAUUGCCUCAAAAUUGAGUGACGUUGAAAUGUACGAAGAACUCAAUGUCGAUGAGAAAAACAAAGUGAAAGUGUACUGCUGAUUUACCUUUAGAAGACAAUCAAUCAACUGAUGUGAAAAUUAAAGUAGACUUGCAGCUCAAGGUAGCAGAGUCUGCUACUGGAGACAUAUGGAGAGGGACCUGGAAAGGAAUUGAUGUGGCAGUCAAGUACCCCAAAUCAGAAACAGCUAAAGAAACGUUGCACAGUUUUGAAUUGAUGAAGUCACUUGCAAACCCCAACAUUCUACGGGUGCUUGGUUUGUUCUCAAAGAAUCAAUCAGCCUAUGUGGUCAUGGAUUUCAUGUGCCGUGGAAAUCUGCAGGAUUACAUAGCGUGGGAGGGCAGUUUUCUAGCACUGGAGAAGCAGAUCGAGAUUGCAAUCCAGUGUGCAACGGGUAUGUCUUACUUGGAGCGUCAUAAUAUCGUACAUGGAAACUUGAGUGGGCGUAAUGUUUUGGUUGGAAACAAUAUGGAAUGUAAAAUCACUGGAAUAAGAGGAAAAGGUAUUGAAACUGAGGACCCAUACUCGGGUCAAAUGAAAUUUUACAAGUGGAUGGCUCUGGAGAGCUUGCUGCAUAAAAUAUUCAGCACCAAAUCAGACGGUUGGUCAUAUGGAAUCCUCCUCUACGAGAUCAUGACUCAUGGUGAAGAGCCCUAUCGUCAGUGGAGUGGCAAUGAAGCUAAAGUGAAAAUUCAAGAAGGCUACCGAAUGCCAUGUCCCCCAGAUUGCCCCGAUGAAGUUUACACUAUCAUGAUGGGCUGCUGGAAUGAAAGUCCCUCUCAAAGACCGCCUUUCAACAAAAUUGAGCGGAAAUUGGAAGAUGUCAUUGCCUAUGAUUCAGUACCGGUGGAGGAAGACUGGCCAUGGAACAUCCGUCCCUGUGACCUCUCACGAAAAUCCAAAGUGGCUGAUUCAGAGAGUGGAGAGGUGUGGAGAGGUGUGUUUCGAGGCAGCAAUGAAGUUGCUGUACUAUGCCCAACGCAACACUCACUCAGUGCUGAAAUUUCAGUCGCUGAACUAAUGAAGUCCCUGAAACACCCUCACAUCCUCAGCAUAUUCGGAAUAUGCUCAGUAUCCAACGACACAGUGUGGAUCUGUACGGAAAUGAUGAUGAAUGGAAACUUAAAGAAUUACAUUCAGAGAGAAAAGAAAACACUAUCUGUACAACAACUGGUGCUCUUUUCCGCCCAAUGUGCUAGUGGUAUGCUUUACCUAGAAGAGAAAGGUAUUGUCCACGGCAAUCUAACAGCUAGACAAAUCCUUGUCGGCGAAGACUUGACCUGUAAAAUCACAGGCAUAAGUGGAGGCGGUGUUGAACAUGAGGAUCCAUAUGAGGGUAAUAUCACAAUAACCUUCCUCCUCCCCAUCAAGUGGAGAGCACCAGAGACUAUCAGGUACUCUGACUUGGCAGUUGCUUCAGAUGUUUGGUCCUUUGGCAUUGUUCUCUAUGAAAUAAUGAGCUACGGCCGAGAUCCCUACUCAGGCAUGUCAAACCAAGCCGCAUUGCAGGAAAUUGAUAAAGGUCACAACAUGCAAUGUCCCCCUAACUCUCCCCGGGAGAUUGGGAACCUACUCAUUGACUGCUGGGCCAAAAAGCCUGAGAAUAGACCAAAGUUUGACAAUAUCACACUGAGACUCACAAAUCUCUUCAAGUUUAUGACAGAAUGUGAGAUAGACCAAUCAGUCGCAGCCCAGAACACUGGGGAAAUUAAACAAAGUGAUUUGGUGUUUGAAGAAAAACUAGCAUCUGGAAAAUCAGGUGACAUAUGGAAAGGAGUUCUGAAGGAAACAAAACAAGUUGCCAUUCAAGUUAUCAUUGAAAAGGACGAGGAAUGGAUACAAGCCAUGCUUAAACUAAACAACCCAAACAUUCUAGGUAUUGAAGCAGUUUGCUACACACAACAAGAAGCAUUGAUUGUCACAGAACUAAUGGAGAACGAUAACCUAGUAAAGUUUUUGCGAGGUGGCGGCAGAUCACUGAAAAUGCAGCAGUUGAUGCACAUUGCAGUACAGGUAAGCCAGGGAAUGGUUUACUUGAAGAAUCAACAAGUUGUCCACAGAGAUUUGUGUGCCCGAAAUGUGCUGGUGGGAGACAAGAUGUUGUGCAAGAUAACAGGCAUUCUCGGAGAUUGGGCGGACGAGGUAGAUGAUCCCUACUAUGAAGGGAGAUUGUACACUCCUCCAGUCAAGUGGGCAGCACCUGAAGCUGCCCUCUAUGGAAGAUUCACAUAUCAGUCUGACAUUUGGUCCUUUGGCAUUGUCCUGUAUGAGAUAGUGACAUAUGGGAGGUUCCCUUAUCCUGGCAUGACAAGAUACGAGGUAAUUUCAAAGAUCCAGGAUGGCUACCGAAUGCCAUGUCCGAGUAAUUGCCAUGAAUCUGUCUAUAGAAUAAUGAGAAAGUGCUGGGAAGAGCAGCCUGAAGCUCGCUACACUACAGAGAACUUGAAUGAAGUGUUACGAGAAUUCCAUCACAGUUUGUGUAAUGAAAAGAAUGAAUGGGAGGUGGAAGAAAGUGAGGUGAAGGCUGAGGAAAAUAUCGGUCAAAGUGAACUCGGGGAAGAAGAUGUGGAGGGGAAAGUUCCGCCAGAAGCCAGCCACAAUAAAAUACCACUCUGUGAAGUAUUCACUCAAAGAUUUUGUGCAUGAGACUGAAGUGCUACAGACUCUGUCUCACCAGAAUGUGAUUCAGUUUCACGGGUUCUGUCCUAAGGGGAAAACAAUCUUCAUGGUCUUGGAGCUAGUCAAAAGUUGUAAUCUCUUACAACACAUCCGUACAAGUCAAUUUUCCCUCAGCCACAGUCAUGUUUUGCAAAUGGCUUUCGAAAUUGUUGGGGGUAUGGCAUACCUUCACAAACAAGGAAUCAUCCAUCGAAACCUGUCAGCUUCAAAUAUUGUGAUUGGAGAGAAUAACAAGUGUAAGAUUUCCAACUUCCAGCAGGCACUGAUGCGAAAGCAAGGAGUGUCUAUGUCGAGUAAGUGUACAACGGGCAAGGUUCGCUGGAUGGCAGUGGAAGUGUUGUCAAACAACCAGUACAGUAUGAUGUCAGAUGUCUGGUCAUAUGGCAUACUUCUCUACGAGCUGGCAACCCAGGGUCAGACUCCCUACCCUGAUUUGACCGAUGGACUAGUGUCUCUUCAAGUUCCUAGUGGUCAUCGCAUGUCAGCUCCACCUGGUUGCCCGACAGGCCUCUACAGCAUAAUGGCAAACUGUUGGCUGGAGAUCCCACGCCAGCGACCUUCAUCCGAUAAGGUACAAGGCAGCAUCGAAAGGCUUCUAACCCAAAACAAAAAGUGGGAAACAAGUGAGGACCAGGUUGUACAAAAACAGAGUCUUGGGCAGGAGAAAUAUGUAGAAUUCUGGAAAUGUGAAUGGAAGAAGUCAGAAGUGGUUGUAAAGUACCACAAACAGGGGACCUGCUCACGUGAAAUAUUUCUAUGGGAGGCAGAAGUCAUGAAGACACUCGAACAUCCAAAUAUAGUUAAGCUUCUUGCUGUCUGCACACAUAUGCAAAGGUCAUUCAUUGUAUUUGAGGCCAUGGAUGAUACUUUAUAUGCAGGUUUACGCAGACAAAUGCUCACAAAACUCUCUGAUAUCCUGUCCAUGACAAUGCAAGUGGCAAAAGGAAUGUUAUACCUCCAAGAACAGAGGGUUAUCCAUAGAAGUUUGAUGGCACGAAAUAUCCUUGUGAAAGACAAAACAGUAUGUAAGAUAUGCAAUUUUAGUGAAGCUAUAAUAGAUGGAAGAGAAUUAACAAAAGCACAAAGAGCUACAAAGCUACCAAUCCGCUGGAUCCCACCUGAGUCUCCCACGUCAAAUUACACACGCUUCAGCUUGAAAACAGAUGUUUGGUCAUUUGGAGUUCUGCUUCAUGAAAUAUUCACAAGCGGAACGCUACCAUACAACAACAUAAAAGAUAGCUCGACAGUUUUGAAAAAGUUGUGUACCGGUUACCGCAUGCCUUGCCCAAAAGCCUGCCCUCAGAGUGUCUAUGGAAUAAUGCUAGAGUGUUGGAAUGAGGAGCCAGAAAAGCGGCCAAUAUUUCAGGGAAUUCAAAUGAAAUUCGAAAAAAUUCAGGAUGACUUGAAUUGGGAGAUUGAUCCAAGUGAGAUGAGUUUAGUGAAACUAAUUGAUGAUACUGGUCGAUUUGCAGAAGUGUGGGAGGGAGAGUACAAGAAGAUGCCUGUAGCGGUCAAAUACCACAAGUCACUGACAAACACAUCAGAAGAGUUCUUGUGGGUGGCAGAGCUACUAAAGACCCUAAAACACCCCUACGUUAUAAAAUUAAUUGGUUUGAACUCCAGUGAAGAGAAAGCGUUCAUGGUAAUGACAUAUAUGAAACAUGGCACCUUAAACCUCUACCUAAAAACCUUUGGUCGCUCACAGACACUGAAAACACUGUUAAAAAUGGGUACCCAGGUUGCAGAUGGAAUGGCCUAUCUGCAAACUCAGAAAAUCAUCCAUCGGGACCUGGCCGCGCGCAGUAUCCUAGUGGGAGAGGAUAGUGUGUGCAUGAUCUCUGACUUCAGUGAAGCUCUAUGCACUGCCAGAAAUGAUAACCCAGAGCAUCAAGGCCGAAAACUACCAGCAAAAUGGCUCCCCCCAGAAGCUGUGGUCAACAAUGUUUUUGACAUGCACACAGAUAUUUGGUCCUACGGCAUACUGCUGUAUGAGAUUGUGACAUUUGGCGGUACUCCCUACAAAGGCAUGACCCCAGCUGCAGCUCUCACAAAGGUUCGGGGAGGCUAUCGAAUGCCCAUGCCUAGUGGUUGUCCAGGCGAGAUCUACGGUGUAAUGAUGGACUGUUGGCGGGAGAACCCAUCAACACGACCAACCUUUGAGACGGUUCACCUCCAAAUGCAGAGGAUCUCCAAGACAUGCAAGAACAGUCCCCUUGCUCGCUCAAGAACAUUGACCGCAUACGAUGUACCAACUGAACGAAGAAGGAGUUGGACAGAGAGUCAUGAUCCCUGGGAAAUAGACAGAUAUUCGGUCACACUAGAUGCGAAACACGAGGAAGGAAGAUUUGGGGAAGUCUGGAAAGGCUAUUUGAAAGGAACUGAAUUAGUCGCCAUAAAGAUCCCAAAAUUGGAUCACACGACAGCAUUAGAGUUCCUCCACGAAUCGGAAAUAAUGAAACUAAUCGAACACAGCAAUGUGGUUUCCCUCAAAGGUGUGUGCACAAAUGGGGAGCCAAUUCUUAUAAUAACAGAGUUUAUGGCAAAUGGAAAUCUUGUAAAGUAUCUUCGGAGUCCUGCAGGGCGCCUGACAGCGCAAUCACACAUACUGAAAUGGGCAACUCAGAUCUGCAAUGGGAUGAUGCACUUGGAGAAGUGCAGAAUCAUUCACCGUGAUGUUGCUGCAAGAAAUAUACUGUUGGGGGAGCAACUAGUCUGCAAGAUUUCCGACUUUGGACUGGCACAGAAGGUGAGUGGAGAGACAUACAAGGAAUCUUUGAGAACACAGUUUCCCCUAAAGUGGAUGGCACCUGAAUCUAUAAGCCAGAGACUCUUUUCAGUCAAAUCAGAUGUGUGGUCAUUUGGCAUUCUCCUGUACGAAAUGGUCACUCGUGGAGCUCUUCCCUAUCCUGGAGUGCAGAACCGUGAUGUUGCUGAGCUGGUGAAAGCAGGCUAUCGCAUGCCCUGUCCUCGAGGCUGUCCUAAAGGACUACACGAGAUCAUGGACAGUUGCUGGAAAGAAAGACCUGACGAAAGACCAAAUUUUUCGUCAAUUAACACUGCCCUCAAUUCCCUUUUAAAACGUAAAUAGUAUAAUUAUUCAAAAGCUAAGUGUGCAUCGUAUGAUAUAAUAUGUGAAGCAAGCUCUAGCCAUAUUUAAUGUUUACCUAUGUAAUUUGCAACAUGUAAACUCAUUUAUGACCACAAGAAACUUGUUUAUAAUGAUAUAAGGCAAUGUUUCGUAAUAG